AUGAGCAGCAGUCUCCACAAAGACAGCAACGCCGCCACACUCGGUACUUUUGAAGCCUUCCCACAAAGGGAAAUCGACAGUUCCCAAAACACUUUCUUGGAAGAAAUGUUUUUGGCUGAGCACAACUGUACUAUACUCUUGACAACAAAAUCAUUGGCUAAAACUCGAUCUUUGUUGGCUCCAUGGAGACAACUUGUCACUAAACCGUUUUCGUAUAGAGAAACCAUAAUAUCGGCACCUUGGGUCCUUGAUGAUCCACCUUUGCCCUCGGAGAUCCCGUCAAUGAGACUUGCAGCGACUCUGGUGUAG